GGGGCCCUUAUAUUUCUGGUUACAUCAUGGAAUCAUUGGUUGGAUACUUGUUGGUCUCGCAAUCUGUAACUUACAAUCUGAUUUUAUUAAUAUUCACCAAUAUCCUUAAAAAAAACUUUUUUACAAGCUAAGAAGUGUGAAUGUAGAUUUUAAAAUUUAUAAAUUAAGAAACUGAAAGGUGAAAAUGAUGAGUCCUUUGCAGAUAAUUGUGCAAACAGGAAAAAUUGUUCCAAGAUUUCUUACGAUUGUUCCAAGUGGAGUAAAGACAUGCUUGAGUCGAAGUAAAUAUUACUAUGUAAGGGAGGAAAAAGAUCAAAACUGGGCAGAUAUUAUGGAAGCUGCAAGUACACAUAUGUUUGUUCUUGAACUUGUUCGAGGAUUUGGAAUUAUUUUGUCUCAGGUAUUUCGAGAACCAGCGACGAUAAAUUAUCCUUUCGAAAAAGGACCUUUGAGUCCUAGAUUUAGGGGAGAACAUGCACUUAGGAGGUAUCCUUCUGGAGAAGAAAGAUGUAUAGCUUGUAAAUUAUGUGAAGCGAUAUGUCCAGCACAAGCUAUAACAAUUGAGGCGGAAGAAAGGGCAGAUGGAUCUCGAAGGACUACAAGAUAUGACAUUGAUAUGUCUAAAUGUAUCUAUUGUGGUUUUUGCCAGGAAGCUUGUCCAGUAGAUGCUAUUGUUGAGGGUCCUAACUUUGAAUUCUCAACUGAAACUCAUGAGGAAAUGCUGUAUAACAAGGAAAAACUUUUAAAUAAUGGAGAUAAGUGGGAAUCUGAAAUUGCUAGUAAUAUUCAUGCUGAUCAUUUGUAUCGUUAAAUAUUGCGAUACAAGUAGUCGUAAUAUUUGAGUAAAAAGGCGUGGAAUUGAAGAAAUCUUUUCUCGCUACCAAAUAUGUGUGAUAUAUGAAAUGUUUAAAUAGAUCGAAUAAAAGAAUAUAUAAUCAAA